AUGCGACACCUCAUUUCAAAUGCCAUUGGUAAAGGUCGGCAUUUACAUGUCUAAUUUGCGCCUGUCGGAUUGAGCGCUGGGGAUUAUUCCUUGCCAUCACUCUAAUCAUUUGCACGUUUAGGAGGAGUUCUGGUCCUGAAUAUCACAUGAACAGGAAUGUAGCGGCUUUGGAACCGUCGAGAAUCAAAUGUAAUCAAAUUGAAAUUGUGAUUUGGUGUUUCAAAAUGGCAUAGGUCCUUUUGUGAUUGAAGUGUUAGCCAUUUAGAUGUGGCAAAAUGUACAUCAGUAUAAUUGAAUGCAGGGGUUUGGUUUGGAAAGCACAUUAUAGGGGCAGUUGAGAGAUUGAUUCUAAAGCCAUUGCUGCACAGCAGCACUAUAUGAAAUAUCAUUAUCCACGAUGACAUGCACCUUUCAAUUUGGCCGUGGGAAUUUUGUAGACAUGAUAGUCAUUGCUAAUUGAGACCACUAGAUAUCUCUAUCUUCCUGCUAGCAAAAGUGUAAGAAGCUCUAAAAGAAAGUUGAUACUUUAAUCUGCUACAGUUGGUAACAUAUUGACAACCUGCUCGUAUCUGUCAAGUCUGCUUUGUAAAUGUAGGAACGACUGAGUAUACCAAACAUUAGGAACACCUUCCUAAUAUUGAGUUGCAACACCCCCCUUUUGCCCUCAGAACAGCCUCAAUUCAACGGUGCAUGGACUCUACAAGGUGUUGAAAGUUUUCCACAGGGAUGCUGGCCUAUGUUGACUCCAAUGCUUCCCACAGUUUUCAUGUUGGCUGGAUGUCCUUUGGGUGGUGGACCAUUCUUGAUACCCACUGGAAACUGUUGUGCGUGAAAAACCCAGCAGUGUUGCAGUUCUUGACACAAACUGGUGUGCAUGGCACCUACUACCAUACCCCGUUAAAAGGCACUUACAUUUUUUGUCUUGCCCAUUCACCCUCUGAAUGGGACAUCAAUAUGGGAUCAUAGCGUUCACCUGGUCAGUCUAUGUCAUGGAAAGAGCAGGUGUUCUUAAUGUUUUGUAUACUCAGUGUACAAUGCAUGUCAUGUAGAGUUCCCUUCCUCAGUCUGACGUUGUUGUUGUUGUUGUUGUCACCCUCCCCAGGUGAGAAGCCGUUUGAGUGCAAGCUGUGCCACCAGCGAUCCAGGGACUACUCGGCCAUGAUCAAACACCUGCGCACCCACAACGGCGCCUCGCCCUACCAAUGCACCAUCUGCCUUGAGUACUGCCCCAGCCUCUCGUCCAUGCAGAAGCACAUGAAGGGCCACAAGCCCGAAGACGUCCCCCCAGACUGGAGGAUAGAGAAGACCUACCUGUACCUCUGCUACGUCUGA